AUAUGGACACCAACGGCACCUUGGACCAUGGAGAUGGAGAGCAAACAGUAAAACACACCCAACCAGCCUUCGACAAUGUUGAUAUCACAUCGCCGGACGAUGAGAACGAGAACGACAUCUUCGAGUCGGCGAUUCAGCAGGAACCAUUAUCACCCGUACUGGAGGAUGUACCGACUGACGAGGCGGGGGACACGUUUAUCGAAAUAGUUGUUGCUGACCCGCAGAAAGUAGGCGAUGGCAUGGGAUCAUAUUUAGCGUACAAGGUGUCCACGAAGACCAACAUUUUAAAGUUCAAAAAGCGCCAAUUCUUCACGAUGCGUCGUUUUAGCGAUUUUCUCGGUUUGCACGAUCUGCUCGUCAGCAAGUAUCUGCGAAUGGGACGCAUCAUUCCACCGGCACCGGAGAAAAACAUUAUCGGCACGACCAAGGUUCGGAUGGGCAGCCAACCACAGGCCGAAACCGGUGCCGGCGUCAACUUGGAGUGGAUCGAGAAUAGACGGGCAUCGCUCGAGCGUUUCCUGAACCGUGUCGCACAGCAUCCGAUACUGUGCCAGGAUACGGAUUUUGUAAACUUUCUCGAAAGUGAUCAAGAACUGCCGAGGGCGGUCAAUACCGCCGCGCUGAGCGGUGCCGGUGUGAUGCGCCUGUUCAAUAAGGUGGGUGAAACGGUUAACAAGAUCACGUACAAGAUGGAUGAAAACGAUCCGUGGUUUAAUGAUAAGAUUAACGAGGUCGAAACGAUCGAUGCGCACAUGCAGAAGCUACAUUCCGCCAUUAAGGCGCUGGUAUCGCAUCGGAAAGAGUUGGCCACACUGACCGGUGGGGUUGCAAAGUCGGCUGCGCUGCUAAGUACUUGCGAGGAGCAUACGGGUUUAUCGCAGGCCCUUUCGCAGCUGGCCGAUGUAGAGGAGAAGGUUGAACUGUUGCGCUCGGAACAGGCCAACUCGGACCUUUACAUACUGUCGGAGACAAUCAAGGACUAUAUUGGGCUGUUCGGUGCUAUAAAGGAUGUGUUUCACGAGCGUGUUAAGGUGUUCCAGAACUGGCAGCAUGCGCAGAUACAGCUGACGAAAAAGCGGGAAAAUAAGGCCAAGCUAGAAUAUCAGGAUCGGCGCGACAAGCUGGAGCUAGCUCAGAAGGAAGUGGAAGAGUGGGAAGGGAAGGUGCAACGAUGCCAGAAGGAAUUUGACAACAUUUCCAGUGAAAUCAAGAAAGAGAUGGAGCGCUUCGAGUUGGCGCGUGCCCGCGAUUUUAAGUCGACGAUUAUCAAAUAUCUGCAGGACCAAAUGGCACACCAACAGCAGCAAAUGAGAUACUGGGAGGCAAUCGUGCCGGUAGCCCGUGACAUUGCAUGAGAGGAACCGAACGCGAUGCAUCCGCCCAUCCUGUACGACGACGACGACGAUGACCGCGUUCCGACGACUGACAAACUGCGCCUCUCGAUUAAUUUAGUCGAUUCCAAUGCUAGGAUAUCGUAGAACGAUACUACGGUC